AUGGAGAAGUGGAUUAUUGGCGACCUUCUGAGCCUUCUGCCCCCUCGAACCCCGUGCGAGACCGACCUGCUCGCGACCAACCCGGCACAGGUCAUAUUGACCCCUGUGCAGCCUGGUUCCGUGAACACUACUCAGGAUGAUGAUUACAUGAUUUCACAAGCCCAAGCCUUCGAUUACACUCCUAUCACCAUUAUAGAUGCAUUUGAAGAGGCCACGGAGAAAGGUCUAGUCCUCCCAUUGCCCAAAAUCGAGUUUCCAAUGGAUCCCAGACUAAUUAAUAGUGCAUUUACUAGUGCUGGGAUGCUCCGAGUUAAGACAAUCCGGACUCGCCUCCACCAGUCGGUGCGGCUCCUGCGUCGGAACGCCAUCUGGUUCCUUACUGCAACGCCGAUGUGGAAUAAGGCGCUAGACAUGUGCGGAUACCUAGCCCUGCUGUGCGCCCAUCCGGAGCAGUUUAGUCGGGCCGCAAAGUGGGAGCUCACCCAGGACGGACUCCCCCUCCCGCCGGGCGUUUUCGAUCGGCACCUGCCUCCCCUACAGGUAUAUUCCGUCGCCACUUCGACUGUAGUGCGAUAA